GGACGAGUACUCGUACAGCCAGAGUGGAGGAGGAGGAGAAAGAGGAGGAGGGCGUCUAGGCAGGGGCACUGGCGGCAAGAUGGGUCAUGGCUUUGCUGCCGACGCCCUCUUCCACGCCCGCCUCCCUGUCCCCGGCCCGCCACCUCCUCGCCUCGCCAACGAACUCUAUCCCACAGACGACGACAAGGAGCGUAUGGAGGCGUGGAACCGUGAGCUGGCACUGUCGCGCGAUCGUGAUCGGGUGUCGCUGCGACGGGCGCGGCGGCAGCAGAACUACGAUACGUUUGUGGCCGACGGCGGGAUGGGCGCGUAUCGCGCGGCGGUGGCGCGGGAAGAGCGGCGGCGGCGGCGGGCUGCAGAGCGCGAGCGGCGGCGGGCUGCGGAGCUUGAGUAUGAAAAGUCGUUUGAGCGGGUGCGGUUCCGGAUGGCCAAGCGCGGCGGGCGGCGGGCGUCAUACGAGGUGCAGAGUCUUGGGCGGGUAACAUCGUCGCCGGUUGACUCGUUUGCCGGCCUGAUGGUGACACUGGACGAUGUGGUGCGGUCGGACGCCGGUGGAGUGUGGUACGUCCUGGCGCUGAGCUACGGAGUGGCGCCUGCGUGGACUAUCCAUCGGACGUACGAGGACUUUGCCGCGCUCGCCGAGACGCUGCGCGAGCUGUAUCCGCAGCUGGAGCACGUGGCGUUUCCUCCGUCGUACUCUUACGGCGAGAGCUGGGACUCGGUGGUGGCCGAGCGCAAGACCGGCCUGCUCACGUUCCUGGUCCAGACACUGGCUCUGCCCAAGACGCCUGUCCUCGACUCUUUUCUAGAGUUUUCCUUCCACGUCAUGGACUUUGUUUGUCUCCGCUACGAGCGGCUGUACAACUCGGUGGCCAAGGUCCGCCGCAAGAUUGUGCAGGUUCCAGUCGACGAGCCUGCGCCCGGCGAGCCGCUCUACGAAGAGUACGAGGAAAUCUACGAGGUCGACGUCGAGGAUCUAGCCACGCUCGACGACGUUGCAGUCCAUCAAGCCAACAGCUCAGCCGUCGGAAGCAAGCCGUCGCGCACUGCGGCCGUCGCCACCAACUCGGUCGCCGUUCAGACCGCCGCCAUCCAGUUUGACACCAUCUUCAACUUUCACCUCGAGCAGAUGCGCGAGCAGCUUGCUGACUCGCUCAUCACCCUCAUGGAUGACACCCACAUCUACACCAACAAUUACGUCACCCAACUCCGCCGCGAGAUCCACCACCACCGCAAUCAGCAGCGGAUCCACGCUGCCCGCACUCCACCGGCCGGACCAUCUGACCGCCAGCCACACCCGCAGCAGGCCCAUGCCGCGCACCCUCACCCGCCACAGACCCAGCCCCAUGAGCCGCACGUCCCAGCCCGCGGCUCCUCGCGCCACGCCGUGCUCUCGGAUCAGGCCCGGCACGGCGCCAGGCCUGGUCUCGCCCACGGCCAUGGCGAUGGCGACGGCCACGGCCAUAUCAAAACGUAGAAGAAGUGCA